CUUUCAGAUAAAGCCAAAAAUACCGCAAUCUAAGUAAUGUUGGGUGCCUUGGAAUUAGCCUGCUCUUACAGAGCAUGGCAUCAGCAUAUUACUCACCAUCCUGAUGAUCACAUAAAACGCAGUAUCAAGCGUGAUAUAAAAAAAGUGGCUGGAAAGGCACGACUCGAGAAGCAGGGAGAAUUUUCUCUAGAGUCGGUUAUGGCAGAAUUCAAGCUGUCAAAUAACACAUUGCGGAGAAUGAUGUCUCAUAUGAGUGACAAUAUGGACAGAGGUCUUGAAGGUGGUCUAGAUGAUUCAACUAUUGCUAUGUUGCCUUCCUUCGUACCUGAAUUGCCAAAUGGUACAGAGCGUGGAAAAUACGUUGCUAUGGAUCUUGGUGGAACCAACUUGCGAGUGAUGAUCAUGGAGAUCGAGCCUGGUGAACCCAUGCGAACCAAACAGUUCAACACCAGAAUGCCCAACGCAGCCAUGCACGGAACCGGCGAACAGCUGUUCGACUACAUUGCAAAAGCGUUGGCAGAUUUUCUCAUAGAAAAAGAUGUUGCACAUGAUAAUCUACCCGUUGGUUUCACCUUCUCUUACCCCUGUAACCAGACGAGUCUCAGGAGCGCCACACUUCUAAGAUGGACAAAAGGUGUCACUGCAACGGGUUGUGUUGGUAAAGAUGUUGUAAAACUACUUGAAGAUGCCAUCAAAAGAGAUGGAAGAGUUGAAGUUGAAAUCGUGGCCCUUAUCAAUGACACUGUAGGAACUAUGGUCGCCGCUGCUUAUGAAGCGAAGGAGUGCGAUCUGGGAGUAAUUAUAGGUACUGGAACUAAUGCAUCAUACAUGGAAGAUUCAAAGGCAAUAAAAUAUGGUAUAGCCAACGCUACUGAACCAUAUCAUCACAAACAGAUGAUAAUUGACACAGAAUGGGGAGGUUUUGGUGAUCGUGGAGAAGCCGAAUACAUUUUCACACAGUAUGACAGAAUUAUUGAUGAACGAUCUGAUCAUCCAGGAGUCAACUCGCUCGAUAAGUUGGUUGCCGGUAUGUGCAUGGGUGAAGUUGUGCGCCUGGUAUUGGAGAAGCUUUGCCAGCAUAAGGUUCUCUUCAACGGAGUUGAAUCGCAAGCUCUGUCCACGGUCGGCUCGUUUCCUACCAAGUACAUCUCUGAAAUUCUCCACGAUGAUUGUGGAUCAUACUCGAAUACAAGGCAAAUUAUGGAUGAAUUGGCUAUCGACGAUUACACUUUCUCUGAUAUGUUACUUUUCCGAGAAGUAUGCCUCGUUGUAUCUCGAAGAAGCGCGAACCUUGGCGCUGCUGCAAUCGCUUGCGUUCUGAAUCGGGUGCGACGGAAGAAUAUGAUUGUUGCCAUCGACGGAAGUACAUACAAAUAUCAUCCUUUCUUUGACCAUUGGGUCGUUGAUAAGGUCAAGGAGCUGAUUGAUCCGGGCCUCGAGUUCAAAAUCGUGCAAACUGGAGAUGGCAGUGGUAAAGGUGCAGCCCUCAUCGCAGCUAUCGUCACGCGUGUGAAGAAUGCAGAGGAAAAACGAAAGAAGGAGGAAGCGGCCCGAAUCAAAAAACAGAAAGAAGAGGAAGAGAGAAGGCGGAAAGAAGAAGAGGAGCGGCUGCGACGCGAGGCUGAGGAACAAGAGCGGGAGCGGCUGGCCGAGGAGGAGCGUUCGCGCAAGCUCGAGGAACUUUUUGUAUAUGGCGCAGAUCGGGCCAAAGAAGAGCAAAAUCAUUACAUCUCCUUGGGACAGUAGUCUCUGUUUGAUUGUAUCCUAUUCUAGUCGUAGUUGAUUUGAUCAGGGUGAUUGUGACUACGGCUACCGUGCAGGUACUGCUUCAAUAGGUCGAUUCGUUUGAAUUCUUGUGACUCAUAAUACUUCAAAGUAAUGAGAUGUAUGCCAGAAUACUAAUUGCAGUGAGGGUCAAGCAAAACUCGUUCAGCUCGACUCAUACUCACCUUAUGCGGGCGGAUAUUGAUGUGCUGUAUUUAUCUCGUAGCUCUGUUCUGUUUUGCACCCACCCAGCUAGGGGUUUAGCUCAAAAAGCAGACUGAUACUCCUUAUUGUUUUCGUGCCACGCUAUGAAUCCAAGUCGUUAGCUCACAAGCAAGUGACGCAUUUUUAAUGCCUUCCCGCUUGUCAAAAUGAGUGCAUUUCACGUACAUAAUAUUUAAUAUUUCUUGUAAAUCUCUCUCCCCGAACUCUCUGAACGGAUGAAUUCUUUUAACUUUAGUUUGUCUGUUUACGUGCCAUGGUAGAUUUUCUUUCUUGUAGAUAUAUGAAUAAAUUCUCAGCUAAUUUGUAAUGUUUGUCUCGCCAAA